UAUCCCAAUAUAUUAUUUUAGGUACGAAAAAUGAAUGUAAAUGAUAAGAAUUUAAUGAGAAGCGUUGAAUAUUAUCAAUUGUUGCCGAUACAAACGUAUAUAAAGAAUCGGAGAAGUUAAAACAAAUGUUAGAUCGAAAGAAGGUAAUAACGGAACUUGCAGAAAGUAAACGUAAAGGAAAAAAGUAAAUAAAUAAAUAAAAGUGAAAAAAGGGAAAUAUCUCCGAAGAAAAAUGAAGGUGUUGCGGUACAUAAUUUUUUGGAUGGACUUGUGUCUCACGUUCUCUCAGGGAUAUCGAAUUCUCGGAAUUUUUCCAUAUCAAUCGAAGAGCCAUUUUAACAUGUUCGAAACUUUGACGAAAGGUCUAGCUAAAAAGGGCCAUCAAGUUGACGUGAUUAGUCCGUUCCCACAGAAAAGGCCGUUCGUCAAUUAUACCGAUUUAGUCGUGAUACCACCACAAUUAAAUAUCGUUAAUAACAUUUCGUACAAUACCGCAAAGAAUAUCUGGACAGUACAAAUAGUGUCAAAUGUAGCUGGUAAUGAUAUUUGUGAACACUUGGCACAUCCAGAUAUUCAAAAACUAAUCCACAAUCCUCCAAAAGAUCCACCCUACGACGUCGUUUUGAUACAGGUUUUUGCUGCCCAUUGUUUCGCAAUAUUCGGACAUCUUCUCAACGUACCAGUGAUCGGCAUCAGUCCUCCAAAUCUUUAUCCGUGGUACAAUUCUUUCGUUGGUAAUCCCAAAAAUUUGGCUAUCCUUCCCAAUAAUUUAUUGCCUUUUGUGAAUCCAAUGAAUUUUUGGCAACGAAUAUAUAACACCGUAAGCACUGCUAUCAAUCAGAUAUACUUCAAUCAUUUGACCGAAUAUCAAGACGAACAAAUAAGAAAGUACGUCGGUCCGAAUCUACCGGGUGUGCGACAAUUAGAAGCCAAUAUUUCCAUGAUUCUGGUGAAUUCAUAUUUUAGUUUGGACGGAAUCAGACCGUUAACACAGGCAAUCAUCGAAGUCGGUGGAUUACAUGUUCAAGACGACAACUCGAAAUUACCACCAGAACUAAGGAAAUGGAUGAAUGAGAGCAACGACGGUUUUGUCUAUUUCUCAUUCGGUUCGAUGGUCAAAAUCGAAUCGUUUCCAAGACACAUUCUCGAUAUAUUCUAUAAAUCUUUCGGAAAGAUAUCGCCAGUAAAUGUUCUAAUAAAGAUCGCAAAUCCUGAGGAGUUACCACCUGGUUUGCCAAAGAACAUUCGCAUUUCGUCAUGGCUACCGCAAUUGAAAGUUUUAAAACAUCGGAACGUGAAGGCGUUUAUUACUCACGGAGGUCUUCUGGGGACACAGGAGGCCAUUUCUUACGGCGUUCCAAUGAUCGGAAUACCUCUUUUCUCCGAUCAAUUUACGAAUAUCGCUAAUUACGUGAAGAAGAAUAUCGCGGUGAAACUAGAUUACGAAAAUUUGUCGGAAGAUGAUAUGGACGCUGCAUUGAACGCGAUCUUAUAUAAUUCUACGUACAGAGAGACGGCACGUAAGCUGUCACAACAAUUUUUGGAUAGGCCGUUGAAGCCAAUCGACACGGCUAAUUUUUGGAUCGAAUAUAUCGUGAAAUAUGGAAAGGACGCACUUCGUUCACCGGCCAUGGACUUGAAUUGGUGGCAAGUCGAACUUUUAGAUGUAUAUGCAUUUCUACUGUUAGCUUUGAUCGUUAUCGUUUACAUAACAAUUCAUUUAACUCUAAUGUUUCUGAACAUGAUAUCAUCAAAGGUAAACAUCAAGGUUUCACGCGUGAAAAAGAUGUUGUAACAAAUCUAAUUUCAGAUAAUGAUAAUCCUAUCAUCUCUUAAAAAAAAAAAAAAAAAAACAAAACAAUGCUUUAUUUGAAAUUUUUCUUCGUAUGAAAGAUGACAAUUAUUAAUGUACAAUAAUUUUGUCGAGAGAUUUCAAAUUCAACUCGAUUCGAUAUCGAAGCAUGAAUAAAUUAUAGAUCGAUUAGCCAUCUUGUUUGUAAUAUGAAUAAGAUUUUAUCUACGGUGACUUGCAGAAAUAUUCUAACAUCGUAAUAGAUCCAAAUUUAUCUAUAGUUAGAUAUCUCAAUGUUUUAUCGAUAUAGAUACGAACAUUGUUACCUCUGACGAUACGACAGUCACUAAGAUAAACAGAAAUGCAUCUUUACAAAAUAGUCAGCGCCUGAAUAUUUUUGCGAAUCAUUGCGAUAAUUUUCAUGGUUAAUGAUGAAACGAAGCGAACUGCUAAUAAUUUAGAUAUUAAUUUCUUUUCGUCCGACAAAAUAAAUUUCAUUUCGAAAUCAUCGUUUACUCGGUAAGAAAAUAAAUCAUUAGAAAUGAAACACAUAUACGAUAAAUUUGUAUAGAAGUUAUCGAAUACGCAGAAAUAAUAUGAUUCCAUAAGACGUGAUAGAUAUUACAUAAAAACGUUUGAAGUCACGGAGAUAAUAUCCUUAUCUUCUUAACGUCUAGAAAAUUUGAUGAAUCAUGAAAAAAUAUUCGGUACGAUAUCGUUUGUGGAUAUUUGUUACAAAUUGCUUAUCAGUCGUUAUCAAAUGAUAUUAUAUCGAUUUUUAAAAAAGAUCGAUUUAUUUCUAACAAAGGAUCAAUUAUUCCCGACGAAAGAUCGACUAUUUCUAACGAAAGUUACUGAUAUGAUACAUAAAAAUGUAAAUUAUCUAUUUUUUAAGUUCGCUUCUAGUUAUCAAGUCCAAAUUACAAAUUAACGUUAACACGUAACGAAACGAAUAUUCAUGAUUAGGAAACAUGAAAAGAAAUUUCAUUUGCAGAUUGCGUGUUGUUGUAUAAACUAAGAAUAAAAUCAGAGAAAAAGAUCGUGUACGUUCCUUUCACUGUGGAAAUAUGAUGUUAUAUAAUCAUUCGAUGAAGAGGUCCCGUAAAAGAUCCGGUUCGGAAAUAUUGUUCUUUGUUUGAUGCACAUGCAUGUGUGUAUACACACACAUACAUAUACAUAAUACAGAAAGUGUUACAUUUAAAACUUAAACGGUGAGAUAUCUCACGAAAGGUAGCAGCUAUAAAAAAAAAAAUAAUAAGAAAAAAAAUAU